AUGGGAAACCUAACCCCGCCAGAGGGGAGCCCUAAGAGCACAGCGACAAUCGCUUCCUACGUGGAAGCACACUCAAACAAUAGUCCCGAGACUAUGGCGACAGCUAUCUCCCCCAUGGAGAGUUCCGCAGGUAGCUACCGCAAUGCUCCAGUGACGACCGCUGUUCAGAUGGAAGAUCCGAGCCUUCAGCCACGCGAGGCUGCUGAAUGGGCCAACAUACUUCGCUCUCAGUUAUCGAUCGUUGCCUCCUCCCACAAAUCCGAGACUGAUGUCCGGUCUUCAUCUCCACUAGUUAAUGAGAUUGUCAUGCAGGCACCGCGUCGUCGAGCCGCCAACCCAGCAGUUGCUGCGAUGGCAAACAAAAUCGCGCAGCUGCUUUAUCCGCAUCACAGUAAUCAGGUCGGAGCGAUCAUACAGUACGAGAAAGACCUGGUCACUUUGCGAAACCUUGUCGUGGACCAGCGGAAACGCGUAAUCAGCGAGAACACCAAGCGGAACGAGCUCUUUGACUGGUCGAAACGGAUUCUGAAGCAGGGUGCUUGGGAUCCCGCCACCGAUCUAUGGUCACUCGACGGUGCCCCAGCCCUUCCGAUGCCUGUGCGAGUUGCAGAGGCAGAAAGCCUAGAGCCUUUCUUCGAGCAUCUCGCUCUUGACGGCACCGAGGCCAAGUCCUCGACAGCUCGCGCCGCGGCAGAUGCGACUGAGAUCGAGGAGCCAUACUAUGAUGUAAAAUCUCUAGAGUUCGAGCGGGGUGUACUCUACUCCGACCGUCGUUUGGACCUUUGCAAAAUGGUCCUUGGUCCAACACACAUCGAGAGUCUGAUGGAGAGCUUGAAGACGAACAGGUUCGUCGCGCAUUUCCUGCUUGGCAAUAACAUUAUCGGUCCGCAUGGUGCUCGGUGCAUUGCAGAUUUUGUCAAAGAGUUCCCGAACCGAAUGGACACCUGGUACCUUGCGGGUAACUGCAUCGACACAAUCAGCUGCGCCCUGCUCGUCGAUGAAUGGGUCAAGUCGUCGGUCGUUACUAAUAUUUGGCUCAAACGCAAUCCUCUGAUGCCAGAAUCUGCCGACGAUAUCUUCCGGUUAAUAACAGAGACGGCGAAUUUGCGCACUCUGGAUCUUGACCAGACUAAGUUGGGUGACGUUGGUGUCACCAAGCUGUUCAAUAAGCUUGCCAACUAUACACCGGUGGAUCCCCUGUCGCUUCGGCAUAUCUAUCUGAAUGCCGUUGGUAUCGGUGCAAAGGGAGCGGCAGCGAUUGCAGAAUAUCUAGCACUGCCCGACUGCGAGCUCGAUGCGAUUUACGCCGCCAACAACCCACUAGGCAACGAUGGUGUCAUUGCUCUAGCCAAAGGUCUGAAGAAAAAUCAGUCACUGACACGACUGACACUCAACUCUGUUGUCCUAUCAUGGGUACACGGUGCUCGUGGAAAGUCUCGGUACACUGUUGUACCCUGGGACGAGCGAAGCAAGAUCCAACCUUUCCCUAGUACUGUACCCAUGACGAUAUUGCACGUGCUGAUUUUGAAAAGAUACAAUUUCAUUACCGACCAGUCGGCGAACGCUAUCCACAGCCUAAUCAAGUUGUCACCGAACCUUACCUAUCUUAACCUCUCGCGUUGCGCCCUCACCCACGCCGGCCUCAACAGGAUCCUCGCUGUAGUCAAAGGCUCACUCACGCUCCAGUACUUCUUUGCUAUUACCACCCACCCACAGGAGAGGACUGCCACCGCUGUAGCCGCUGUUCAGGAGCACGCCAAGCUCUCGAAGCUCGUGCACGCUACGCUCGAGGCCAACGUCGAGCGGAUUUACGGCGUGAGCUAUCAGGAGUUCUUGGCUGACUACAAACGCUGGCUUGUUAACGACAAGUCUGACGUGCGGAAAAUCGACUCGGUGUAUCGGAACCGCGACGCCGGAAUGGCGCGUCGUGGAUUGAAGAAGUUGGACAAAUGGUGGGACGAGGGCGACGAGACUUUGGAUAUCGUCUCGAAGGAUAUCAUUAAUCAUGCCUAA